UGCGCUUAUUAAAACCCUUCCGCAGCUUGUCACUCUUGACAGAAUGUGUGUGUGGAGCCGGAGGCGCCACGUGGACAGAGCAAGUGUUUUAUCCCCGAUCUAAAUCCCGACGCGUUCAGAUAAGAGCUCAGGAGAUGGGGCACUCCAAAAAAUGCACCGACCUAACAACUUACUAUGAUACUACUACUGCAACAUGCGUGCCGUGUAAAUUCAAACCAGGGUAUGGAGUCAAUCCUAACUGUGGCUAUGGGGACGACGGAGGAAGACACGACGUAAUGUACAGCAGAUGCGAAGCCAACCGUUUCAAUGACGGCAGCAGAGCUCUGUGUGUAAAUUGCACUUCAUGUCCGCCUGGAAGUAACGUUAUCAGGACCUGUGACACAACUACUGACACGGAGUGUGAAGAGCCGAGUGGCUCGACCAGUCAGGUUCCUGUCAAAAUUCAGACAGACCCACCUUCAGACAAACACACUAACUUCACACCCACUGGGAGACUUCUUCCAACGACCUUCAACCCAACUCCAGCAGCUUCUAGCUCUGUUGUAAUAUGGGCCGUACCGUUAACCAUCCUGAUUUGCAUCACGCUCUCGUUGAUAUCGGCUUACAUCAUCUACAUGAAGCGAAACAAAGGUUUGAAUAUUGAAAGGGAAGCUGUUGAUACAGAUAAGAGGAGGGAAGUGGAACGGAUUUUCUUUGGAUAUAUGUCAGGGGGGAAUUUUACAGCAGUUCUGAUGUUUCUUACUAACGUGUGUGUGUGUGUGUCAUGGUCGGGGGGGGACGCAGGUCGACGCCCUCUACUGCAUUUCAGCAAAAGGUCUUCAUUGGCUAAAGAAGGAUUCGCUCCCCUCUCUGCCUGGAGCGACGACGUUCUCAGUCCUGACAUCCUGUCAGCGCCUUUACAGACGGUGCUGAACAACCUGGAUGUUUUGGAGGAGCUGGUGAUUUUGUUAGAUCCGGAAAGUCAAUUUCUGAAAAACACCAAGCACCUGGCAUCGCAGUGCUCCUUCCCCUCCACCUGGAUCACCUACACCUACUCCAUGAAGGACAGCAAGAGCCCCCUGAAGGCCUUGCUGGAGCGGGUCACCAGCAGCCACCCGGAUUGGACAGUGGGACACCUGGCCAAGCUGCUCAGUCAAAUGGAGCGCAAUGAUGCAAUCGCCGUUCUCGCCCAACUCCAACCGACCAACUCACCCGCGUAGUCUUCCUGCACUGGGGUCUACAGAGAGGCAGCCCCAUGCAGAAUGGAAUCAUGCCUGUGAGAUGGACACUUUCAAAUGUUAACUCCUUACUCAAAGAGAAAAGGUGGCUCACUGAACUGACGGACAACUUAUGGGAGUUGUGGAGCAACUUCUACUGCUCCGGCUCUGACCACAUUUGAUUUUGUCCUGACUCAGAGCAGCGUCAAGUGACUCAGAGCAGCGUCGACACAAAGAUACUGUCGUGUCUGAUUAGCAGCUGCUUUUGUCCACAGGUGCUUCCUCUGUGCAAGCUGAGCUGACGACUAUUUUUCUAAAACUAUAAAUUUAAGACAAAUUUCUAAGAAUCUUCUUUAGCCACUUGUUUGUAACUUAACAAUGAAAUACAAUAAUCAAUAUUACUCAACAAAUCUCUAGAAUAUUCCAAUAAACUUCACGCUGCUUCACACAAAGGAAAUUGUUUUUGUUCAAACAUCUUA